AUGGAGCAGAUGCAUGAUUCGGAUGAGGAAGUGCAAAUAGAAGAUGACCUAGUAAGCGUGGACGAAGACGCACAGGGGACUGAUGAGAGCAGCACCGAAACCAGUCUCGAAGAAUCAGACGAUGACAACCAGGAGGACGCGGUAGAGAGAAACGACUUCGAAGAAGAACAUGCGAUACAGCAUGAAGGUAGCGACGACGAGGACAACGCGGAAGAAAGAUCGAGGAUUAAAGGAUCAAUCCUGAGGAAAAUCAGGAAAUCCGCCCUCUAG